AUGACUUCUGUUGCUGUAUUACCUCAGUUGAAAAGGACCAUGACUGAUUUGAUGGAUGAGGAAUUGUACCACGUUCCAUCAUCCCCGAUCAUGAAGUUUUCGUCAAACAGCAAUAGCAAUAGCAAUCAACAAUACGUGGACAACUUUAGUCUAAAUAUGAGCAAUACUCAACAGCAACAACAACAACAACAACAGCAGCAACAACAUAACCGAAGUUAUAGCCACGCAUCCAAUAGAAACUCUAUAACAUCAUCACCAACAUUGCCAUACCAACAAAUGAAUAAUCAGAGUCAAGGAAUGUACAGCAAUAGCAUGAAUAACAACUCUAGCAAUACGCUAGGGAAUAUGUUGAACAUUCCAGACACAUUUAUUGACCAGUUGAAAGCACAAGAGUAUAUGGACCAGCUGUUGCUGCUGCAACUGCUGCAACAGAUGCAGUCACAGCAAUCAAAUGAUUAUCCCGAAUAUUCAUACCAAUUUGACACACAAGAAUCAUUUGUCAACCCAUUUACAAAUUACGCUAAUCCAAACACUUUUGUAAGACCAAUAUCAUCUGUGCAAAGCGUGCAACAGCAGCAGCAACAACAACAACAACAGCAACAGCAACAGCAACAACAAGUUUCCCUUCCACCAUUACCCCAAGCUUUUCCUACUAGGAGAAGGAGGAGAAUCACUACUCUUGAUAAUGUCGAACCUCACCAGGCAGGAAAAAAGAAGAGUUUUGACGAAGAGUAUUUGUUGUACAAUCCUGAGAUCUCACCUGGCCAAGUGAUUAGUCAAACAGAUUUGGACCCUUCAUCAUUUUACGUUGUGUCCAAUAGACUAGAAAAUGAUGCUGAUGGUGAUAUUGUUGGAUCCAACUCACAGCAUUUGGUUCAGUCCGAUGGCAUUAUUCCAGGUUUUGAAAAUGAUUACUUGUACUUGGACGAUGAUAACGAAGAGAUUGAAGAGGACUUGUCGGAUGACGAGGAUGACAAUUAUUUCCAUGUCGACGAUGAAUUUGAUGAUUUUGUCAUGAGCAAUAGUGGGUACUAUGUAAAUAAUAAUAAUAGUAACAACAACAACAACAACAACACCACCACCACCACCACCACCACUAGUAGAAAUAAUAGCAAUGUCACUAAUGAUGAUGAAAACAUUAAUAAUGAUGAUACUACUACUUCUACAAAUAGCAAUAACAAUAAUAACAAUAAUAACAACAAUAACAACGAUGAUAUGGUUGAUUAUGCUACUUUUGAUGAAUUUAAAAACAUCAGCUUAAACGAUGGUCCAUCUGAGAUGUUUCCAGAGGCAUUGAAGGAAUUGAGAGAAGAAGCUGAGUGCAAGGGCCAUGAUCAACCGCAAAAUAAUGAGGUUGAACAAGAUUUUGAACAAGAUUUCGAACAAGAUUUCGAACAAGAGUUUACACCAGACUUUACUCCAGACUUUGCGCAAGAGUUUACUCCAGAUUUUACUAAUGAGUUUGUCACACAAGAAUUACUGCCACGCGAAGUGUCGCCAGCCUCGAUAGUCACGCCAGUAGCUUCUACAUUAACUCCAGAGUCGUUAUUUGAUGACAAUACUGAUCAAAUUUUGAAAAACGAUGGUGCGAAAGAUUACAACAAUGACAAUGGUGGCAGUGUUGUUGCUGGUAAUGUCAACAUUAAUAAUAAUAGUAAUAAUAGUAGUGAUGAUGCAAUGAUGGUUGAUGACAUUGAGAUGGAUGAGUUACACAAUUAUACAACGCGACCUGCAACCAUUGAAUUGAAGGAGAAAAACAUUUAUAGGUUGGGUGCCGAGAUUAGUGCUACAAACCCCGAGCAUAGAUGUGACUUGGUGAAUCCUUCAACUGGACAGGUUUGCAAUAAGCAGUUUUCGAGGCCAUAUGACCUUAUCCGUCAUCAAAACACCAUUCAUGCCUCGAUGAAGAAGAUUUUCCGUUGUGUGAUUUGUGAAGGAAGGUACCAGGGAGGUGCUGGUAAUGGGAAGGAAAAGACUUUUUCCAGGGGUGAUGCGCUUUCGAGACAUAUCAAGAUCAAGCAUGGUUUAGUUGGUGAGGAGGCAUUGCAGUUGAUUAAUGAUGCCAAGGCUAAUGUUGAGUAUCAUCCCGUGCAGUGA